AUGUCCCUUCCGGCGUUCCAAGCUCGCUCGGACAUGCUCACUGUUCCCUCCCGCAUCUUACUCAAACUCGGGUCGACAAGAGUGCAUUCUUGUCGCUCCGACUUCGUGAAAGAUGCCCCUCCGCGCCAUAUUCCGUGCAUGGAAGACGACGCGGGGUUUCAGCUCCACGAAGGAGCUGCGGUUCUCAGAAUUCUCACCAACGGCAUCGCCCGCAUCUGUAUCGAUGUUUUUAAUAGGUCCCCCCAAUUGCCUCCUCCCAAUACUGCGUCCCCUGCUAUGCGAAGCGGCUCGUUGACGGAACCACUCUCCCGCCACCGAGACCGCGCGAACGGCCCCAGCCAUUGGACCCACCUAUCCCAAGCUGCACGCCUUCCAGAAAAUCCUGCCGCUGCACGGUGGCCCCGCCAGUCACCGUCAGCGAUGAGGAACCCUCCCACUCCCGCGAGAGUACCCCAGUGCGUGCAACACCCUUCGCCAGGGCGUUCCCGCUGGGUGCGGAUCCCAAUCGCUUUGCGCUGUGCGAACAUGACGCCCCCGUCUUCUGCCGUCCCUUCAUCCCACCGCAUUCCGUCGCCGGUCGACGGUGUGUAUGUGGCUUGGAGGGCCGGAGGCCCAGACGACCCGGUGUAUUUGGUGUACAUCACCCUCAGUCUUUACUGGUCUCUCCUUUGUCCUCGGUUCACGUAG